AGUCUUCAGUCUUCAGUUUUCAUUUAGUCUUCAGUCUUCGUUUUGUUUUCUACAACAAGAACCUCUUAAUUUCUCUCUCUCUCUCUCUCUCUCUCUCUCGUACCCUAAGCCCUAUAAUAGUCCGAUGCAGCUUUCACCGAGUCUGAUGCCAUUAAUUUCUUCACAUAAUCUCUCACUCUCAGCCUGCUGCUGACGCUGAAUCAUAAAAGCUAGAGAUGAAAUUGAGGCCCAUGACCAUGGCACCGGGAGAAAGAAUCAUGUACAUGAAGGGUGUGAUUCUAUUUCUUCCCUUGCUGCUCUGCUUUCUCACCAGCUUCAUCCCCACUGUGUUUGGCUCCCCCAGGAUAUACAAUAUUUGCACCAACACAACCGCUUACACUUCCAACAGUGCCUUCGGAGCCAACCUCAACACCCUCCUGUUCGCUCUCUCCAACGCCACCACCGCCACCGGCUUCUACAACUCCACCGCCGGAAACAGCUCCUCCGACCGAGUCUACGGCCUCUUCCUCUGCCGCGGCGAUGUCUCACCCCAAGCCUGCCGACAGUGCGUGGCGAAUGCUAGCGUAGACCUAGUGAAGCUGUGCCCAACUCAGAGAGAAGCCAUCGUUUGGUAUGACGAUUGCUUGCUCCGGUACUCGAACCAGUCCGUCUUCUCCAAUCAGGGCCUAGUUUACUUGUACAGUAAAGAGGACAUUGGCAGCUCGAGCCAAACCCAGUUCCAGCAGGUCUUGGACGAAACCAUGGGCGAUCUAGCUAACCAGGCUGCAAGAAAUCUAUCGGGGAGGAAGUUUGCGACUAAAGAAGCCAAUUUCGGUGGAGAUCAGAAGCUAUAUACGCUUGCACAGUGCACGGCAGAUUUGUCUAUUUCUGCUUGCAACUCUUGCCUCGCCGAUGCUAUCUCCGGACUCUCCACUUGUUGCGAGUGGAAGCAAGGAGGAAGAGUUAUUAAGUCCAGUUGCAACGUCAGGUAUGAGAUUUACCCCUUCUACUACCUCAACGCCACUGCAUCGGCGCCCGCACCGGGCAUUCCUCCUAGUCCUCUGGCUCCGGCGAACAGUCCAGGUAAACUCCAAAACAACAACGUCAAUAUUAUUUACACAACAGUCCAUCUUGUAGUUUGCUGCUCUGCCAUCUUCCGAAAGAUCUCACAAGUGAAGUGA